CGCUGGGUUCUUGGCCGUGCGGAUGCCUCGGUUCCAUUUGACACCCCUCACCGUGAAACUUUCUAUCCGCUCUUGGCUCGACCGCCCUUCCUCCUGCGCUUGGCUAGCUGACGCUCCACGGAGAGCUCGCGUGUCCUGCGUGCUGCUCCGAGCGGAACCCCGGCUCCGCCCUUGCUGGCUGUUGGCCUGUAAACCUCACUCCUCUACCCACCUCAGAGAAUUAAAUGACACACUGUGGCAUGAACGUGCCUGAUUCAGAAGCCCUGGCACCUUCGGUUCAGCCAGCGUAAGGGCACUGCGAUGGAUAGGCGUGGAGGCCUGCGUGUCUGCAUCAGAGGGCUUGAAGAGGCCGACUGGCUUCAGGGACCGGAUCGGAUGAGACUAACUCGAGUGUGAACUUGGCGAUUUAUGUGGUCCACAUCGUCACCGCAGCUGUUCUGUUGAGAGUAAAAGAUAAGGGAGCUAGGGAUGUCAGGCCGGAGGUGCUGCUGGCUUGGGACCAGAACGGUAGCGCUGAAGGGAAGUGUGACAGCAAUGACAGUAUUUUUUCCCUUGGAUACAGCUAGACUUCGGCUUCAGGUCGAUGAGAAAAGAAAGUCCAAAACCACACACAUGGUGCUCCUGGAGAUCAUCAAAGAGGAAGGCCUCCUGGCGCCAUAUCGAGGGUUGUUUCCAGUUAUUUCCAGUCUCUGCUGCUCCAAUUUUGUCUAUUUCUACACUUUUAAUAGUCUCAAAGCUGUCUGGGUCAAAGGUCAACGUUCUACUACUGGAAAAGAUCUGGUAGUUGGAUUUGUUGCAGGAGUGGUGAAUGUGUUGCUAACAACUCCACUUUGGGUAGUAAACACCAGACUGAAGCUACAAGGGGCAAAAUUUAGGAAUGAAGACAUUGUACCAACCAACUACAAAGGCAUCCUUGAUGCUUUUCAUCAGAUCAUUCGAGAUGAAGGACUCUCAGCUCUGUGGAAUGGCACGUUCCCCUCCCUGCUGCUGGUCUUCAAUCCUGCCAUCCAGUUCAUGUUCUAUGAAGGUUUGAAACGGCAGCUGUUAAAGAAACGGAUGAAGCUUUCGUCUUUGGAUGUGUUUGUCAUCGGUGCGGUAGCCAAAGCCAUUGCCACCACAGUCACCUAUCCCUUGCAGACGAUACAGUCAAUUCUGAGGUUUGGACGUCACAGACUAAACCCAGAAAACAGAACGCUGGGGAGUCUUCGGAAUGUGCUCUACCUUCUUCACCAGCGAGUGAGGCGUUUUGGGAUAAUGGGACUCUACAAAGGCCUUGAAGCCAAGCUGCUGCAGACGGUCCUCACGGCUGCCCUCAUGUUCCUCGUUUAUGAGAAACUGACAGCUGCCACCUUCACCGUCAUGGGGCUGAAGAGUGCGCGCAGGCCCUGAGAGGCCCCGGCAGGGGUUUCCUUCUGAGAAGAGAAGGGAUUCUCCUUCUGUUCCGGCUCUUCCACCACAAGUCCUACCCUCGCUGGCCUGAAAGGCAUCCAAGGGGGAAACGGAGUCCAGCCAGCUGGACUUAUUGCCAACUCAGAAUAUUCGACGUCUGGUUGGAUUUUGAGGUGGAGGGUAGACUAAUAUGGGAAGAAAACAUGAUUGAAAAUCUAAAAAUGAGUCUGUGGGGUUUUUGUUGGUUUUCUUAAGGGAGCCGGACUCUGACUCUGGUGUGUGAUCUUUCCCAUCUGAAGUUAUUCUGAAAUUUACCAGCUCUUUGCUUUCCCUGAACUCUCUCCCAGGCUCUGGGACAAAUGAAACAACAUAUAAUUCUCAUCCGAUGCUUUUGUAUGUCUUUGUCUUGUCAUUUUCUCCCCCAAAAAUAAUACGUGCCGUGGGCAUGAGUUUACUUUUAUUAGGCUUUUUUUCUCCUGCUUAAGGAGACGUAUCUUCUUUAGUACAUGAACUAUUUAUUUUUGGGGAAGGCAAUGAAGAUUGUUAAUCUCAAAUGAUUCUCUUUUAAACUAUUUUUGAAUGUCACCUAUUCAUUAGUGUUUGACAUAGUUUUUUUCAGUAUUUAUUUGGAAUCCAUUCUUCCAUUGCAAAAGACUUGAGGUUUGUGUGUAUCCAUGUAAGCCCCAAUAAAUUGUCAGCACAAAAGA